UAUCAGAUAUAAUGUAUUAUUUAAUUUACAGUGCCCUGUCAUGUUGCUUUGCUGUGUAAAUCUUUCAAGAUAAACACUUUUAACUCAACUUGAAUAUGAAGUGCAGCUUUUUGAAACAGAUCUCUUGAAACAGCAUUUAUCUUUAAUGAUAUGUACUGUUACUCUUAUCACUGUAACUGUUCUGUUUAAUUGUGAAGUGUAUAUUGUUUGUCAAAUGGUUGAAGAUGAAGUUUUUUUAUAUGUUUUUUUUUUCAACAUUAUUGUAACUGGUUAUCCUUCUUGUGUUUGGGCUGUAGAAGGGUCCUAGCUUUGAAUAUAUAUACUGUAUAGAAGUCGCGAGUGGAUAGGAUUUACUCUACGUUUAUCAGAAGCGUAUGAUGAGCAGCUUGGGAACUUCACCGCUGCAGUGCGCUGCCGUAACGCCCUGUAUCGUCUUAGUUGUUAUUUACACGUUAGAGCGCAGCGCUGUCGCCCGCUGUCAUUCCCUGCACCCCUCAUCCAUCAUUCACUGCAGCUCAAGUUCGUUCAACGGGAGGGGGAAGGGGUGUUUGAAGAGUUCGACACUUGUCCGCUAGGGACCACCACAAGUUGAUGCCCUAGAGAUGGUGGCGAUUGCGGCUGUGAAUUAACCAACUACCUCAAACCGUAUUAGAAAUUUUAACCUGGGCUGGCGACUUCUAUACAGUAUAUAUAUUCAAAGGUCCUAGUGACAGGUUAAUGAAUUAACAAUACAUAUAUGGAUGAAUUAAAUUAUUUUUUGGUAUAUAUACCUUAUUAUUAAGAUGAUUGCAAGUGAUCUUAAGUAUUGUGUGCAUCAUGGUGUGGUCAAUGUGGCUUUAGGGUCUGUUAAAUUCAUAAAAUUACUGGCAUAAUCUUUGAUUUACAACCUAAAAGUUGCUUUUGUACACCUAAAGGUAAAACUGCUAUUCCAUGCUGCCAUUAUAAUCCACAUGUCGUGUAUGUACAUGGGUUAGCAGCCUAACAACAUUGUGUGACAAUCUCACUUGUGCUUGCUUCUACCAGUGAGUAAGAAAGUGAACAUAUAAUCAAAUUAAUGGAAGAAAAACUGGAAUAUACUUUGAAAGCUAGCCUCAAAAUAUAUUUUUUUUAUAAAUGUAGGUAAUUAGUUGACAUUUGUUGACUGUUUUACAUAGCCUUUAAAAAUUUCUGAAUAGUCAAUAAAAUUAUGAUAGGCUAUAUUAAGACAUUUCCAUUAGGGUUUUUAUUUUAAUCAUAUUUUUAGCUAACAUUGAUUCCAUUGAAGACAUGGACAGACACUAGUAAAAGUCUACAUUUAACGCAUGAUUACAAGUGUUUCAAAUAUUAGAGUAUGUACCCUAAAAAUUUCCUAUCCCUCUUAUCUGUGAAGUUGCACUUCUGAAGCACAUAGUGGCCAUGCACCAAUGUUUUUUUUUUUUUUAGAAUUUAAAACAAAUAAGGCAAUCUUAAGAAGUUAUCAUAUUGUCAUGAUAAUAUAUAUACCAAAGUACUACUUUGCAUUUGCUUGAUAAACACACUUAAGGGGAACUGUAAAUAAUCAUCUGGGCAACAGUACAUCACUCGGUAAACACACCUACUAAGUCCAGAUAGCUAACAUAAAGUUACAUGCUAGAUAUAGCUGUCAACAAGCACAACAAAUUGCAGUACAAUUGUGUAGAUUGCAUUUGACAUUAACUCCCAUUCAUCAGCAUAAGGCAGCGCAACUUCGUGAGUUCAUUGACUAUGGUAAGCCUGCUUACGGAAUUUUAAUUUGAUUGAAUUUAUACUUCACCAACCGUGUUUUUAAACUCACUCCAGUCUUUUUAUUAUUUUAUUUAGGUAUGUUAAUAAUUCACAUGCAAAAUUAAAGUUAAUUUUAUUAUGCCAAAUAAGUAUAUGUUCCAGUACGCGUACAUAAGUACCUGUACCCAUUUUUAAAAAAUUUAGGAUUGGAAAUGUAGAGAUUGGGAAACCCAUCACUAACAACAUCAUUUCAUCAUGGUUUUCAAUUUUAUUUAAUAAGGGAUUGUCUUCAUGUCCAAUCAUUUUAUUGCUGAGUAUUACUUUUUGAUAUAUUUUUGCAUUAAACAUACAUUCAUCAAUAAAUUGCACCUUUACAAAGUUUUCCAGGUAGCAAUAAUGUAACUCCUUGUUGGUCUAACCAAAUUGAAAUAGCAUUUUUACAAUAAUGUAAAAGAAGUUGAGUUUGAAUCAGGCAUCAGGCAAGACGUCUCCCAUGGGUGCGGCAGUCCCAAUUCCUACGGGACCCCGCACAGGAGACGAGAAGAUUCUGCGACAGCCGCAAUCUUAGCUGCAUUAGCUAUACUGUAUGCUGUCCAGGACGUCUUGUUAUGUUUAAUUCAAGAUGUAGGGUGUAACGCCGGAUAGAUACUUUCUCCCGCGUUUGCUGCUUUCUUCUUCUUGUGGACGGAGGAUUCAGCGAAGACCCUGCUCUUUUCCGUUGUCUUUGGUGAGCUCUGCCUGUAACUCAUAUUCUUCAGCCACCCGGAGGUGUAGCAGGCAUCGAGUUCCUGGUCCCUGCUAGUCGUCUGCAGUUGUAGCCUCUUUUCAACAUAGCCUCGCUAUCCUGGACGCUGCCGAGACCUCCCCGAGUGUUACCAUAAGCAAGUUUACAUCUUCUCAGCUAUAUUCUUAAAAGCAAAUGUCAAAAAUGGUUCAUCAGAAAAUCAACAUGCAGCUUCUCCCAAUGAAAGGGCACUUCUUUUUAUUUAGUGCAGGCACAGCUCCCAUAGUGCCAUUCAUCACCGUGUAUGCUCGCCAACUGGGCUUCUCGAGUGUCGUGGUGGGAACCAUGUACACAAUUCUUCCCGUGUGCGGAAUGCUGGCCAAGCCUUUGUUUGGUGCAGCUGCCGACCACUUCCGUCUCCAGAAGUUUAUAUUUCUCUUGUUCCAAGUGGUGACAUUGCUCGCUUUUUUUGCAAUCAAGUUCAUCCCAGAGUUGCCAAAUCAAUCAUUUGCAUCUUUGGACUGUGACUCAUUGACAGUGAUCAAAGCUUGCAAUAAUGCCAGCAUAAACCAGUGUACCUUGGAUCGCUUUCAAAGUGAAGAAAACGAUGCAUCUGUAGUUUUUUGCCAGCUGGAGUGUUACGCACAAAAUAGUUCUUUUGUGGAAGAACUGUGUUUUCAAUGGAAAAUCCAGCAGUAUUGUGAAAGCGGCAGCAGUUCGGUUGCUGAGAGUCAUCUGUUACAUGGCUCAACAAACUUAAAUGUUCCUGUUAGGUUCAAGGCAGAAGUGCCUCUCAAACAUACAGUUCAGAAUGAAGGCUGCUUGUAUUUCCGCGUGAAUGCAACUUACUUUGAUGGCACUCAUGCCGUACCAUACUGCAAUAAGCUGACGUCUGUCAAGUGUAAUAUUGCUUGUUAUGAUGAAACAUUGAAUGAAGUGCUCAAGAAGCCCACUGGAGAUGACUUCAGUGUCUCUUCGUUCUACCAGUUCUGGUUGUUUUUCCUCCUGCUUAUUCUUAGCUGGGUCGGCAUGGCAGUCGUAACCAGUGUUGGAGAUGCCAUAUGCUUUGGAUUACUUGGUGACAGACCAUCAGACUACGGAAACCAGCGUUUGUGGGGAGCUGUGGGCUGGGGAAUAUUUUCUUUUGCAUCGGGAGCCCUGGUUGAUGAGUUCAGUGUGAACAAAGUGAAUAAAGACUAUUCUGCUAUGUUCUACCUUAUGGCGAUAAUGAUUAUCCUGGAUUUUGUUGUUUCUCUGAAGAUCAAGCACACCCAAACCAAACUAUCCAACAGUAUUGUACGGGAUGUUGGUGGCUUGAUAUGUGACGUAAGGAUAUGUGUGUUUCUUUUAUGGUGCAUUGCUGUUGGCAUUUGCACUGGCCUGCUGUGGCAGUUUCUUUUCUGGCACCUCGAGGACUUGGUGGAAGGCUGCAGUGCUGAGAAGUGGAUUAAGACAUUGGAAGGUUUAGUAAGCGCUGUGCAGUGUUUUGGAGGAGAGAUUCCAUUCUUCUUCUUGUCAGGCUCUCUGCUGCAAAGGAUCGGCCACGUGAAUGCAAUGUCCUUGGUUCUGGCUGCAUUUGGCGUUCGGUUCAUGCUGUAUUCGUACCUUACUAAUCCCUGGUGGUGCCUGCCUAUUGAGUUGCUCCAAGGAGUGACGUUUGGUUUGUUUUAUUCAACGAUGGCAUCUUACGCCAGCAUCAUCACACCACCUGGCACGGAUGCUACUAUUCAAGGGCUGGUUGGAGCCAUAUUUGAAGGUGUAGGAGUGUCUGUAGGAAGCCUAUUGGGAGGAGUGUUGUUUAAAUAUGGAGGUGCAUUUGCAUUUAGAGUCUAUGGCAUAGGCGCCUUAAUCCUGUUUGUAAUCCACGUUGUUGUACAGCAUUUUAUUCCCAGAAAAACUCAAUAUAGUGUGCAGCCUAAAGAUUUGGUUUUAACCGCUCACUACACUACUCCUGCUGAUGCUGUACAUAUGCUUGAGGAACAGUAGCAAAACAGCAGUAUUAUUUCUGGAAGAUAUAAAACCACCGAGUGUUUCAGUACUUAUGUUUGUUAUACAUUUUUACAGUUAAAAGAAGUUCCUUUCAUUGUAAGUACCAUUUAAUUAUACAAACUUUUUUUUUUGUAUUUGUGUAUGUAUGUGAAAGUAAGUUUAGUUACAAUAUAAGAUAUAUGAUGUUAAAGCUUUUCUAUACUUUUUUUAAUCUUUAUUUAUAUAUCUAGGUAUAAAAAAUAAUUUUGUUCAUAGGGACCAGUUUUUUUUUAAUAAUUUGUAAACAACGUGAAGUAUGGUUGUCAUACUAAGAUUGCUAAUUUUCUGUUCUUCAGGAAAUGAUUGUAUAUAAAUCAGUGUAGUAUCACGUUCAUUUUUUAAAAGCUAGAGCUUACGUAAACCAAAUAAAUGGCUGGUACUUCAAGUGGUUGGAAUUUGGACUGAUUCUAAAAACUGUAUGAAGUUUGUGGCAUUGCAAAACCCCUGGCCUCACCAACUUUGCAGAGUAUUGUUAUGAUAUUUGUCAGUAAGGCAGUGUGUCAGCUGAUUAUGUAUAUUUAAAGUUGUGGUGACCUAGUUAUGUAUUUGUGUUUUAUUGUUCUUCAAUAAUUUCAUAAUCGUCUCUGAAAUUUAGUUAUUUUAUUUAGAAAAGCCAAUUAAUUAUAUUUAUACUGGUUUUCACAUUUUUUGUUACUUUUUUGUGCAAUUAUGUUUUAUAUUUUAUUUCACUUAAAUGUGGUUUUGUAAUACUGUAGUACUUUGGCAUGUCUAUUUUUUUGCACAUUUUUAUUUCGUUUCUGGAACAUUGGGUAUAGUUUGGGAAAAGAAAGGAUGAGAGACAUGUGCAUAGCUCGUGUGUGCCUAUUUCCCGACAUAUUUCAGUUGUUGAGACGUUCUGGCACCUUUGUGUAUUCUUCUGAUGGCAAAAUCAGCAGGUGUUGGCUCCCACGGGAGGGCCGUAAAACCAUCAGGAUUUUGUGCUAGUCAAUCAGAAAGAACUUUGUGAUUUUCAUGUUUGUUUUUUACAGAAAUACCUUGAUGCGAGGGUAAUUAAAUUUAUGUAGGGAUGUGUUCUUGGAUGUAAGAGCUGUGUUGUGAUUGGUUGGUGAGGUCAUGUGGCUGCCACUUCACUGCGUUGUAGGUAGUUGCUUAGCCUCGUCUGUCGUCCAAGUGCAGUGCCGACAGGUCGCGUCAUUUGACUUCAUAGGUGCAUAGAGGCGGACAAUUUGACGUCUGGGUGCCAGGGCUGUGCCCCUGCUAAGUUUUAUCUUUUGUUUCUUCAUUUUUUGGAUGUUUUAAUUAGAAUUUAGGCCCUAGACUAGCAGUGCGACUGGGGAGUGAGUGUGUGUGACUUUCCAGACAGUUCAUAUAAUGAACAUGUAUUUUUUUUCAGGAGAAGGAUAAAUUUCAAAAUUUAUUUCAAACUCUUUAUUUAAAUAUGUCCAUUAACAGUUUCGAGAGAAUCAACAAUCAUAGACAGACUUAACACCUAAUUAACUGCAACAACUAAUGGGAUAUUUUCUGUAUGUGCAAAGAACGAUUGUCAUCUUAGCCGGGCUUGAUUGUGACAUCACAUGUUCAGUGGUAGGAUAGUACUUUUCUCUUUUAUGGUAGCUUUUGCAGGUGCUAUGUGAGAUUGUAAGAUGAUUAAUUUUAAAUUUAUAUUUUGAAAGUGUCUCAGAAUGUAUUUUUAGACAUUAAUAUUAUAGUAGAUAUAAUGAAUUAAUAUAACCAUGCACAAAUGAAGAAAUAAUAAUUUGUAACAAAUAAUAAGUAGUUUUUAAAAAACCACACCAUAAUGUCACAAGAUUUUUUUUUAUCAUUGAUACUCUUUUAGAUUUAAAUGUAAACAUACGAGGCUGACAAUUUGCAGGUUAAGUGGUAUUAUCGUAUAUCUAAAAAGCUUAAUGUUUACUGCUUGUAAUUUAUUACAUAAUGCAUUUCCAAGUGUAGUAAUUUUUAAUCUUUAAUUCUUAAAAUUUUUUUUUGUGUAACAUUGCUACUAACCUCACUUACUAUUAAAAAUUUGUGCCAAUUUCUUGCUGUCAUCUGCUACACUCGCAGCAGGGUUGAGAUGUGAACAUUUGAGUAUACAUUCAAUGACCGCAGCUGCAAUCAUUUUUUCUGGUAAGAGGUAAACCGUGGCCCAUUUUAUAAACCUACCUCCGAGGUUGUACAAAAGUUUGUCUUUUUUCUUGCCUACAUUAUUAAACGUUGCUCCAUGUUUGAUUGUUAAAAAUAUGCUCUAGAGGGUAAGUCUUUAUAGUCAUUUUAAAAAGAAGUAUUUCUAGAUAUGCUACUGCCGGUAUGCUUGACCAUCGUAACAUUGAAGCACUGUAUGUGUUGCUAUUUAUUCUUCCAACUGCUUUGUUAAAAUAGUACUUAUUAUUAUUGCAGUAAAACCCUCCAAAGGAAAUCCCACUUAAGAAGUGUAUUAUAAAUGUAAAAAUUUGCUCAUCAUUUUUCAAAGCCAUUAUAUACACUUGAUUAAAGUAUUUGACAGGAUGACAACAAAUGCAAGAGAACUAUCAUAUGAAUAUUUACAGAAAUAGCCCAUAGAACAAAGUAAUGCCAUAAAAAAUGAAAUUAUAUACAUGAUAUGUGAGAAAUAAUCAUAAGUUUUCAUUUUAUAAAGGGUGUUACUCAAAAGUCCACUGUUUUCAGGAUAUAAAAAAAUUCCUGCAGCUGUAGUAGAGACAUUUAAUGAUUAUUCAGUGACAUCCUAAACUAAACUUGAGCGAUGGCUGUUUUCCCAAGUCGCAGUGGUGAUACUUUGCUCUACACAGAGCGAUCGUGAGUGGAGAAGUUUCGAGCGAGGAGGAUGUCCCUGCCGCGGACAGUGGGGAAACACUGUGGCAGGGACUGGAGGGGUGAAGGUCAUGGAGGAGGGAGGAAAAGUGAGGGACGACAAACAAAACGUUCAGUUUAUUUUUAAGAUGAGUGAGUCUGUUGUAUAGGCCUUAUUCACAGUUAAAAUGUUAUUGUUACGUAUUUGUACAUUUACCGAUCUUGAUAAAAAUGGUUAAGCAGAAAUAUGUACAUGAUUUAGUUUAUAAUAGUCACAUAUAAAGAAGUGAUAUAAGCCUCGUGCCUGGAGGAGAAUUCGGAACAGUUCUCACAUGCUAGUCACUCCUUCGAGUCCCAUCGCUCUUGGUGAUGUGCUUCGGUCUAGCCUCCCUUAUUUACUGUGGGGGUUGCAGGGCUGGUGCCCUGUCUCUUUUCAGUAUGCCUAUCUUGAGGAAUAAUUUAAUGUGUGUUUCGUGGAAGAGGUCAUGGCAGAAGUUUUUUAAGAAAGUACAUUGGUGUCUAAGAGUCGGCUAUGAUGGGCAGCCUAAUGUAGCUUUUUUGUUUUUUCCUUAAUUUUGUAUUCUGUAUUUUUUACACAUUGUUUUGGCUGCCCAUCUGGAAUUUCUCUUUGGCUAUUAAUUUUUUGUAAUUUCGUGUGCGCAUGCAUGUGCAUGCAUGAACGUGUGUGUGUACGUUCGUGCAUAUGUGCACGUGAUGUAGCACAUACGAAAACACUGCAUUAUUUUAAUAGAAAGUAAUUUUUAGGCUCACCUUAAUAUUUGUGUGUUGAGCUUGUCCUUAUAUUUGCUUUUGUUUCUUACAAAGUUUCUGUAGUUAUUGUGAAUCCAAAAUGUUGGUCAAUCCAAAGGGAUAGACAUGCACCUUGUUUUGGAUAUGCCAGUAGUUUAUACACAAUUUGAUUUGAAUGAAGCCAAAAAAUAUAAAGUUAGGUCUGCACGCUUGUUAAUAAUUUAAAUCUUCUGCUUGGAUUUGGAGGUCUCUACAAUCUAAUGUAAAUGAGCCCACCUCUGCAAAUGUAGGUUUGUGGGAUGUUAGCAUGUAUUAAAUGUAAAUGUGCAUAUUUAUUGUGAAUUAUAUAUAGUCAGUGGUAUUGAAUGUUAAAUCUUGGUGUGUUUCUGCACGGUAAUAUUUAAGAGAUCUUAAUUUUCCAGCUGUGUACCAGGUGUGUUGAGGUCAUUCGCUAGAUGCCGAUUUAGGAUGACUGUCUUUUAGCUGGGGAAUAUUUUUAUAAACAUUUAUACACUUAUGUUGUUAGUUUUAUUCCUAACAGAAUUAUACAGUUUAGUAAAUAUUAAUUUUUUUUUAAAUCUCUUUUUUGUAACUGCUGUACGUUAAGGAUUCAUACAAAUUAUUAUCAAUUUAAAGACUAGUAAAGCAAUUUAGAUUUAAUUUAUUUUAUAUCAGUGUUUUAAAGUCCUAAUAAUUUGUUUAAACUGUUUCCACUUCCUUAUAAUAGGAUUUACAUCUUUUUUGGUACAUCCUUAUUAUGUGCUGGUGUAUGCACAUCUAACUCAUUUUGAGUGCAACAUUUUUUACUGUACUUAAAAUAAUUUAAUAUACCUAAGUAUAGUAAGUUUCUAAUAGUUUUACUUUUCAUGUUUAGGCAUAUAUAACUCAUUACCAUCUCAUCACAUGCCUUGUUCAUUGGCCAAGUCAAUGAACUUUCCUGUCGCAUGUUGAGAGGAUUGUUGUAAUAUGAGUCUUAGUAAUAAAAUUUGUUUGUGGAUGUAAUAUUUUCUCUUUCAACUAUGUAAUAUGGGAACUGUUUAUGAUACAAGUCAUAUGAAUGACUGGAAAUGUGAUUUAAUGCAUUAAUUAGAGUAUUUUUUAUGCAACAGUAUAAUUAAGUAAAAUUUGAAAGAAAAAAAAAAUAUUAUACUCUAUUAAAUAAAAAGAAUGUUCGUUAUUUUUGUAAUAUUGUGGAAGAAAUAUUUUGAAUAUAUUGUUACAUGUUGUAGAAAUAAAAUUCUAAAACACACCUGAACUCUUAUUUAUGAUUUCUUAAAUCGUAAAAUUGGUUGUCCUCGCAAAUCAUCUUUCUUGUGUAGUGACACAGCAGCUGUUCUAAGCACAGUAUUUAUUUUUUUACUAUGGUGAAGCUUUCCGUGACACUAGAGAUCCUAGAAGCCUCCAAACCAGUGGUGUAUGAGAGACAACAUUAGGGUGUGUAUUGGGAGUAAAGCAAAUUUAUGAAAAAGGAAUGAAGAUGGCUACAUUCAGAUCAAAACAACAAUAGCAUGAUGUAAUAAUAAAUAUCUCAAUGUUGAACAUUAUAUAAAUGUGAUUUAAAAAUUAAAAUAAUAAUAUUUGCCCUCAGUCUUAACUGCAAAGAACACAUAAAGUGUGAUCAUAAUAAGUCCAGCGAAUUAUGAGCCAAAUAUAUCACCAUUAAGAUACAUGAAUUUACACACUAUUAAGCAGGUACAAUGAUUAGUUAGGCGAAUCUAGGCAACAUGCAAACAGACUCGUAAGUUACUUUAAGGCACAAACGAUAAAGUAUGGUUUCGUCGAAACAAGUCGUGAGUCCCAAAAUAAAUACAUAUAUAUAAUGUCGGUGAGUGUGAUUGCUUACUAUCAUUUUAA